GGCAAAAGCUGAACGUGAGUGUACCUAGCUUGAAACUAAAUCUGUCUGACCGCCGAAUAUCCAUGAUUGUGGAAUUUCUUCAGAACAUUCCACUUCCUCACUCCCCCAAUGAUGAAAUGGAUUCCUCUUCCUUUAGAGAAGUUCAACUGUGCAGUCAUACUCUCAGGGACCCUACGGGCACAGAUUUGAAAGAAGUCUGGAAGAGGCUUCAUCGAAAAUCGAAGCCCAAAUUACUCACUUCUCCUCAAGCUGAGUCUCAGAGACCAAGCGGGGUCCUUGAACGUUCUUUUUCCGAUCAAUCAGACGAGGAAGAAGCAUUUAGCGCGGCAGAACACUGGGCCCGAGUAAUCGACCUGCCUGGUUUCGAAGAUAAUGUUUCUGCCAGUAAUUAUAUUCGUAUCCUCUUCAGACUAGUUGCAGGCGAAGUGUCCAUCCACCUUGCGCGGUCUAGUGAUCAUACAGAUAAGCCUUAUCUCAUGCUCAGGGCCGAAAAGUUAUGCGUAGAUGCUGCCCACAUGGAGUACGGUCCAGCACUACAGGCCUCCUUACAUAGGAUACGCCUGGUGGACAAGCUGCAUAAAGGCUCUUCUGGAGAAUAUCUGGAACUUAUUAGUUCAGAAAACGCAGCAGACAUGAUAACUGUUCUCUACAGAAAGGUACAGGCUAAUUGCCCCGAGUUCAAGAGUCAUUUUCAUCAAGUGGAGCAUUCUUUAGUGUUGGACGUCAGCGCUCUUUCAGUGGCUUUUCAUCGCGAAGCUUUUGUAACGUUGGCGAGAUUUCUUCAGUACGUCGCUGCUAAGUUGAAGCCAAAAUCCUCCAGCUUCCGUCUUGCUGGCGUGCCCAACCCCACGGAUCUGGUCAUCACCGAUUCCUCCGAUCCACCAGUGCCACCAGGAGCCACAAAAUUCAGCAUCUCCGCCAGAAUGAAUGCUCUUCGCGUCCGUCUCUGUGACACAGACUUAGAACUGGCAGAACUUCGAGUGAUGGGACUGGAAACGGAUUAUGUAUUGAAGGCGAACGAGAAGUCCGUUCUUCGCGUCGACCUGAAAGAACUCAGUAUGGAAGAUCUCAUGGAAGAUACUCUCUACAGAAAGAUAUUAUCAACAGAAGGCGAUAAAGUUUUUGACAUUAAGUGGGUUCGUCGGAGUCCUCAUCAUAAGGAGGUGAUGGAAGGUCGGAAGACGAAUUCUCUACCCGUGCGUGUGGAUGGAAGUUUGAAUCUGCGUUUCGGAAGAAUUGCCAUUGUUCUACUGCAUAGUUUCGCUAACGAGCUGCACAGAUUUCUGGAGCCUUUCUUGAAUCCUGAUACUACUACGUUCGUCAAGAAGUCUACCGAAGAAAAACUUAUAAAUAAGGUGUCCGAACUUCAACAGAGUGGCCUCCGCUACCAAGUAUCCGUCGAAAUUCAGGCUCCAACGGUUCUGUUCCCUCAAAAGGCAACUUCUCCCAAUGCACUCAUUCUUCAGUUAGGGGAACUGAGCGUCGAAAACUUCUUCCAAGAAGAGCAAGAUUACUGCAUGGAUAAUCUUUUAGUACGGCUGCAUGCUCUCCAGCUAGCCAGGGCCGUGAUCCUUCUGGAUAGCCGAAUGGAAAUUCGAGAACCCAUACUAGAGCCACUGAAACUGCGGUUGGAUAUCAAAAGAGCUCUUAAACCAUAUCCCAAAGACGGCUUGUUAUAUCAAGUAAACGGAAGCAUGGAUCUCAUUAAAGUGAAUAUUGGACAGAGAGACCUCAGUUCCAUGAUCGCUAUCUACCAAGAUAAUUAUUCCCAGCUCCAAUUCUUGGACAACCAUAAAACAGAUGUCUCACCGGAUACAGAGAGUGGGCCAGAAGAGUCCGUUCGUAAAUUAGAAGUUUUUCUCUUUGCAUCUACAGACGUACGCAGGGAAAGCUCUUUUGCUUUCAUCAUGGAAGGGCUAACGCUGACGCUUUACACCGAUGCUGAAGAUCUGAUGGCGCUGCCGUCGCGCCAGAUGUUUAAUUCCAUUCAAGUAGUGUUCGGAAUCCAGGAUCAGGCUUUAACAUCUUUUACUUUGGAUGAAGCGAGUUUUUCACUGGAAACUACGAACGAUAAGACCUUAGAACUGAAGUGCUCGUGCCAGGCAGCCACACUUAUUGACAUUCGAGCACCGAAGAACUCUUCCCUCAGAAAGAUAUUCCAGUCCUACAGCGGUGACUUUGGCGGCACGACGGGUGUGGCAGGCAUCAGCCUCAGCAUGCCACCGAUGGUGGAUCUUACUUAUCGACGCACCGCUGGCGGCGAUUCGUCAGUGAAUGCAGUAGUGGAGAAGAUUCGCCUCAAUGUGUCAGUUUCGUACCUACUGGGUGUCCUAAAAUUUGUGUCAGACGCUCUUCCCGGCAGCCGAUUGCCCAGUUCUAGUGCCUUCUUAGAUGGAGAGGACGGCCGCAGACGACUUCCAUCCGAUUGUACUAGUGGAUACCACUCCACCAUCAGCUCCGACGAAAUGAGAGCAAUGUCCGUGUCCGUUGUCUUCCGCAAACCUGAAGUCGUCCUCUUUGCCCAGCCGGACACCCCGGAUACAGCUGUGCUAGUUCUUAAGAUGGAUGUGAUGUUGGACUACAAUUUUAACUUAGGUCAAGGUAACUUCAUGCUGUCAGUCGCUGGUCUACACGUACUGUCUUGUGUGUAUGGCAGAAGGAAACAUACCAUGGUCACGGUUCUGCACCCUUGUGAGCUGGAACUGAAUCGUCAACUGAUCUUGGCGGAUGAAGAAGUGAAGAUGUCCUUCAAUCUGACCAGUGUCCAGUUGUGUUUAAGUGCACCUGUUGUCCAGACGGUUCUUCAAGUUUCAAGGCAACUGCUCAAGAGCAUUCAGGAAGACGAAGACAAACGGAGCUACCGUCAAGAGAAAGAAAAACAAGCAGCUCGAGACAUGUGGUGUCCCACUUCGAUAUUUCCCGAAAUGUGGAAAGAACCAGAAUGCACGUGCGGCUACAAUCGCCCGCCUUUUAUUCUUCCGAAGUAUGCGGAGAGGCUCGUUUUCAGCAUUCCAGAAAUAACAGUAUGGUGUGAAAUAACCGGAGUGAUGAAAAAUGUUCCAGUCAUCUAUGCUAAGGGUGCCUUCGAAGCCGAAUUCAAGAACUGGUCGACACAGAUGAACGCGAACGGAGAAAUUCGAAUGGAAGUGAUGUAUUACAAUGAGAAAGUGUCUACUUGGGAACCUUUCAUCGAACACGUAAUGGUGAGGGAAGGUGAAUAUAGACCCCUAGAAGUGAUGUUCAAAAUGUUUCGAGACCGUGCUCAUCCCAUGGUUUGCACCGGGAGCGACGAAGUGGAGUGCAACACACAUCCCGUUACCAUGACUGACGCACCGUCCGUCUCCUCAUACUCUUCGUUAUCUUCUUCUGGUAACGAAACUGAAGAAGAGGAUGUGAUUACCACCACAGUGAUCAGGCGGAGGGUACCAGUCCGUACAAAAAGACUCUCCUCCAUAGCUAAAUCGAGAGAUUCUUCAAGCUUCGUGGCAUAUCCAGGAGAUUCGGACAGUGAGAAUGAAGAUGGAGUUCUUGAAAAAAUCGCUUCCACCUUCGACCACUUAUUCUCGGAGGACGAGGAAGGGGCAUCAGACGAUCCUCCAUCGGAUUCUGAAGGCAUUGCGGAUUUGGAUGUUCAUUCCGAUUCGGGCGAGACAGAGACGGCCGAUAAUGAAGAUGUUUUUGACGAUGCGGCACCUGUGUUCUCCAGCCCUCACCGUCACCACGAGCAUAGAACUGUGGAUCCAAUUGUGGAAACGGCGAUUUAUUUGACAGUGGACUGCAGAGACACCAUCAAUCUUAACGUCACUCCUGCUAUCAUCUCAGUGCUGCAAGAAGUGCUCCAAGAAUUUACGUCUGCGGAUAUGAAGCUGCCUUCCGCCGUCUGCUCCGAGGAGCACAAAGAACUACUCCUGAGGAAUUCGUUAGGUCCAGAAACCACACUUCAAAUCCUGCAGGAGGAGGGUGGAUCUUUCCGCGUGGCUGAAGAGACAAAAGGGUGGGCGCCCAAGGCCUCUGCACCGGACCCAGACCUCGUGACGCCCCUUGUCGAUAUCAGUCCCGCAGACUCGGAUUCCGAAAUGGCAGGCGACGAAAACGACGGCUUCUUCAUGAGCGGUUUUCCAGCCCCAUCCGCUGCUAAAAAACCACUGCCUUCGGAUGCUUUGUACGAGGAGAAGUCAAUAACUCAACUGUACGAGGCAUCUACGCAAGAAAAGAUUGUAAUUGACAUGGAAGGUUUUGACAAAAUGGCCUGUCUACUCCCUCAACGAUCGGCUACUAUAAUUUAUGCACUACAGCCGGUGAAGAACAAAACUCGGUAUUUUGUAUUGGUGAGCACUGAAAUACAGCAUGGACAACGGAUUGUGACUGUCCGUUCUCCACUCAAGAUUGAGAACCAUCUGGGCCGCCCUGUUCAGGUACUGUGUGAAAAGGCUGUCUUAGAAUCGGCGGGAGCCAGUGCAGAAAAUUACUCCAAAAAUCCGUUCCAGGACAAAUUUGUCCGUUUAACAACUCUGAACCCGGGGCAAAUAUACGAUCUGCCAUUGUUGGUGGCGUAUCAUUGCAAAUUGUAUCUGAAGCCCCUUCCAACCGAAACUGAUCAUCAAGAGUAUAGCUUGAGCAGUGAGGGUAUUUGGUGGAAAGACAUGACAGUACCCCAGAAAAGCAGCAAAUUUCUGGAGUGUCGAGCAGUCAACAACACAGGAAGUGUUUCCACUACAAAGGUUGUGUGCGAAGAGAAUCGAGAUCUCAAAACUCCAUCUGUUGGCACAAAACUUGUACCCAAUUUCUGCUUGCUCCUCUACCCACCCGUCGUGUUCCACAACUUACUGCCCCUUGCACUCGACGUGCACAUUAAGAGCAAAGAUCAAUUGAUGCGAUUGCAGGAAGGAGAAAGUGCUGUGUUCUUUGACUUCGAUUAUCGCCACCCUCACGAUGUUCUUGUAGAGGUGGGCCAAUAUGUUGGUCUUCAAUGGCACGGUAAAAUGACGAUUAGUGGUGAUACCGAAGAACACCACCCGAUCAGUAUGAAUCCCGAGACGGACACAGGUGGUGGAAACAGACAUCUCGCUCUUCAUGUGCACGUGACUCGAGAUCGUAGUCUGGAUCUUUACAUCUUCGCUCCUUACUGGAUCAUCAACAAAACAGGACUGCCUCUACAAUUCAGGGGUGCCAUGUCCGAUGCCGUUUACGAAGCAGCCUGCACCGCUGAUCCUCUGUUGUUUCGCUUCAAGAAGCAUCGCAAGAAAAAGGCUAAACUUCGAGUGUACAGUUCACAGUGGUCUCGGUCAUUUUCUUUGGACACUGUAGGCAACUGCGGUGUAGUCAUCUGCUCGGACAAAGAAAGAAACAAGAAAUAUCACUUUUUUGUGAGUGUCCAAAUGUCGAAGAUGCUACUGACAAGAGUCGUUGUUAUCAAACCCUUCUUCUUGGUCGUCAAUAACACUGACAAUCACUUGCGUUUCAUGGAAAAGAAUGAAGCGACCGAUCUGUGGUUCGACAUCGCACCCGAUAAGUCUCUUCCUUUCUGGCCGGACACUGACUCGAUGAAGAUGUUCGUCAAACUUCGAGACAGCAAAACAGUUUCUCAGCAUUUCCCAGUGGACAUCUCGCAUGUUACUGUUCUAAGGAUGGAACAUGGGAGCGCGCUUACAGUGGAAGUGAAAUCCGAAGAAGAUGCACCAACGACAAUCUCAUUCCAGCAGUAUGUACCAGGUGAUGCUCCAGUUCGAGUCGACAACUGCUGCGAAGACCUUUUCCUCAAAAUACACCAAAAGUCUCAGAGCCCAGUGACUCUACUUAAUCCCUACCAGUCCGUCUUGUACACGUGGGACGAUCCGAGCCAGGAACGAACCCUUAUCUGGAACCUCUACAACAGAAAAAAAGUCGGAUUUCCUGCACGUAUUUCACGAGAUGGUUACGGUUUUGAGAAAGUCUCCUUCCAUUCGCUCAGAAAAACAUUACAGCAGCAGCCUUCUGUGAGGACGUCUUCCAUGGACGAGAGUAGCAGCUCUGACGACGAUAGCGAGUCCGAAGACGGUUUACUACCGAAGAAAACAAGAAAAGAUAAAGUGGUCGUCCACUGGGUAUCUUACGUGGAAAAGGAACAGCGUGUCUUGCUCUUCACUCAGGAUGACAGAAUUGCCAGAAUAGCAAGAAAGAGUGUAGACGGAGAACGUGCAUCCAUGGAAUUCUUCUUGUCGCUACGUGGAGUUGGUGUAUCUCUCAUUAAUGAUGCUUAUCGCGAAGUGGCCUACGCUAGUUUGACAUCCUGUCCAGCAAUCUGGGAAAUCGAGAUUAACCACUCGUGGAAGCUUCUGACACUGGAGCUGUCGGCUUGGCUUGAAGAUAAGUGGUCAGCUGACCAGCAUAAAGCACAACUCAAGGAGUAUCUUCAGGUGGAUCUAAGCAAAAUGCAGAUGAUGAAGCCAUUCUUUGGUCAGCUCAGACGCUUCUACAGUCCAGCCUUUUGGUGCCAAAUCCGAAAAUCGCGCAAUCAAACUUAUGCUCAUCUCAGAAUCCAUAGAUUCCAGGUGGACAAUCAACUUCCAGACGCCAUUUUCCCCACAGUUCUCUACCCUGGUACUACGCCCCAGUAUGUAGUGCGAAGAAGUGGACCCAAGCCUUUCUUCGAAACUGCCCUUCUUCUGCACUCCUCGCGUUCCAACAAGACCCUCAAAUUUUGGAAAGUAUUAAUUCAAGAAAUGCAUUUGUGUCUGGACAAAGGCUUCUUAGUUUCCCUGCAAGACAUGUGCGGCUAUUUCAGCCAAUCAUCUGAUGAG